UUGUUUUAAGACGUUAUCCUUUAACGCAUCCAAAUUCCGAGGGAACUGGAACGCAGCACAAUUGGAGGAAAUGAUUUCUCAGUGACACAAAAUGUCACAACCUGUUCACAGUUUACAGUCUCAUCUUUAUAUCGUUAAUAAUACGUUGGCAGCAGCAGCAUCACCAUCAUCAUCCGCGGCUCCCCGCAGAGGACAGCGGGUGCUUGUAGGACGCUGAGCCCGCGGAGGGAGGGGUCCUGGCCUGGGCACGGAUCCCGAAGAGGCCCCGGGGCCGCCGCUGGAUGGAGUCGGGCUGCGUUCAGACAGCAAUGGCUAUGGGUCUGACAUCGAAGAAGGCGUCUGCUCGGAGCGUCGGUGUGGAGCGAAAAAACCUCAUCACGGUUUGCAGAUUCUCUGUAAAGACUCUCCUAGAAAAGUACACAGCAGAGCCCAUAGAUGACUCAUCUGAGGAGUUUAUUAACUUCGCCGCCAUUUUAGAGCACAUCCUCAGCCACCGCUUCAAAGGUAACACAACAGGUUCAGGAAGCUGGUUCAGCUCAGAUGGACAGCGCAGUUUCUGGGAAUAUAUCCGGCUGGCGUGCAGCAAGGUGCAGAACAACUGCAUCGCCAGCAUAGAAAACAUAGAGAACAUCAGCACAUCACGAGCCAAGGGCCGGGCAUGGAUUCGAGUGGCGCUGAUGGAGAAACGUCUGUCUGAAUAUGUGUCCACUGCCCUGAGGGACACCAGAACAACCAGACGGUUUUAUGAUGAUGGAGCCAUUAUGCUGAGAGAGGAGGCCACAGUCCUGACCGGCAUGCUGAUUGGACUGAGCGCCAUUGAUUUCAGUUUUUGCUUGAAGGGGGAGACUCUGGAUGGGAAAUCCCCAGCUGUGAUCGACUACACGCCCUACCUGAAGUUCACCCAGAGCUAUGACUACCUGAGUGAUGAGGAGGACCGCCGCAGUGUGGACAGCAGUAACAGCGAGGAGAGCGUCCCCGAGCAUCCCUACAUCCCCCUGGUGACCGACGAGGAGAGCUGGAGCAACAAGUGUCGCAAGAUGGAGCAGAGGUUUAAGAUCGUCUACGCUCAGAAGGGUUACCUGGAGGAGCUGGUGCGUCUGCGUGAGUCGCAGCUGAAGAACGUGGAGACGGAGAACAAGCGUCUGAGAGCCAAGGUGGAUGAACUGACGGCCCAGAGUCAACAGGAGAAGAAGGAACUGGAAGCCAUCGUGCUGGAGCUGCAAGCACAACUCACUGCCCUCAUGCCCUGUGAUUCCUCUCAUCUGGCUAAAGACCUUUCAAUCCCGCUCGUCAACCAGUGGUCGACCAUCCCAAACAACCAGGGCGAUGUCAAGCUUUUCCGCAGGAGGAGUUUCCACAGUUUGGAGCAACUUUCUGCUGAAGUCAGUCUGAACUCGGACUCCCAGAAGACUGAUGGGAGACAGAACGGAGACGCUGCCUGGACUUCAGCAGGGAAAGACAACACCCCCUCCAUGCUGGGUCUUUGCGGCUCUCUGGCUUCCUUACCGAGCUCCAAGUCCCUGGCCAGCCUCAAAUCCAGCGAGUGUUUGGUCAACAUCAGCACUGAACCCAGCCCUGCGCUCUCUCCCAGCUAGGAGCCCCAGACCAACAACUACAACAACAACAACAACUGAGAUUUAACCCCCAGCCUGUCUGCCUGGUGAUGCUGCGUUGACCAAGCCCACCAAAUCCCCCCCCCCCCCGCACCCACCACCACCAUCAACAACCCGGAAAGUCAUGACGCCGUCUCUGGAUUUUUGUACGUGUGAGAGUGAAAUCAUUACGAAGCCGAAGGGGAUCCAUGCCUUCUCCUCACCUUACCUGCUCGACUCUUCGCUCACACUCUCCCACCACCCAUUUUGUACUAUCUGUGAAUCCCCUCAUUCAAGAUCAUGCAGCGAAUCCUCCUGUCAGACCUUUUCCCAAAGCAUCUCCUUAUAAAACGUUUUCCCCAUCUUGCUCCUUAUUUGAAUGUCAUUACUCUGUGUAUUCGUGCGACCUCGCGUUUUUGCGUUUUAUUUUAUUCUUUUUUUUUGGUCAAAAUGUAACCAAAACAGCACUUGCAGCUCUUUGGAUGCAGUCACUUGCAAAGAGAGAGAUGUGAUGGUCGUUUUAGCAGAUCAAGAGUAUCUCAUACACAGUAGAGGAUGGGGUUUUUAAACAGACUCUCCUAAGAAGUAUGUUUUAUGAGUGUGAAUGAAUGGUAUCUGGGGGUCUGUCACCCCUGAAAUGGCAUAUGAAUCAUGCUUCAAACACCACAAACUGUGUCAGUCUGUGCAGCUAUUAUUAUUACUGUAUUGAUUCUAUCAAAUCUUAAGCUACAAACAUCUGUUCAUUUAUCUCAUUUUAUCCGAUACAGCAGUAUGUUCUUUCUACACAUACACAUGGGGUUAUUUUUGUUUGUUUUGUGUUGCAAUAAACUGCCUUUUUCCAUUA